UUUCUGAAAAUAGUUAAAAAAGCCGCAUCGUCCCGCGAUUCAGUGUGUGUAUCAACUAUCAAAUGCCAGACAUCUUAUCCACUUGGGCGGUCUGAAGCAAGACUAAGCUCCCCAAAUGGGCAGUCUCCUCCUCAGCACCCACACUUUCACUUCCCGUCUCCACAGCCUUCCCUUCCCAUCUCCCAGCCUCCACAACGACAACGCCGUUCUCGUCGUUCGCGCUGCCGCGGCAGUCUCUGCGCCAUCGCGAACAAGAAGGAAGAGGAGGCAGCCACCAAAGGUCGAUGAUUCCCCGGAGAAAGGCCUCCGCUUCACUUUCAUGGAGGAGCUCAUGAGCCGCGCCAGGAAUUGUGAUGCCGUCGGCGUCUCCGACGUCAUUUACGACAUGAUCGCCGCCGGACUCAGCCCUGGACCUCGCUCUUUCCAUGGAUUGAUCGUCGCUCAUGCUCUCAAUGGCGAUUCUGAGGCCGCGAUGCAAUCGCUGAGGAGAGAGUUGAGCGCUGGUCUUCGUCCUCUCCAUGAAACAUUUGUUGCUUUAAUUAGACUGUUUGGUUCCAAAGGUCGCACUAUAAGAGGCUUAGAAAUCCUUGCAGCGAUGGAGAAAUUGAACUAUGACAUUCGUGGAGCUUGGCUAGUUCUUAUUGAGGAGCUCGUUCGUAGCAAUUAUCUUGAGGAUGCUAAUAAAGUGUUCAUGAAGGGUGCUAAAGGUGGGCUUAGAGCUACAGAUGAGGUCUACGAUCUUUUGAUUGUGGAAGAUUGCAAAGUAGGAGACCAUUCUAAUGCUUUGGAAACUGCAUAUGAGAUGGAGGCAGCUGGGCGAAUGGCAACAACUUUUCAUUUCAAUCGCCUUCUCAGUGUGCAGGCAACUUGUGGAAUUCCUGAAAUAGCAUUUUCAACAUUUGAGAACAUGGCAUAUGGAGAAGAGUAUAUGAAACCUGAUACAGAGACGUAUAAUUGGGUGAUCCAAGCAUAUACCAGAGCUGAAUCUUAUGACAGAGUGCAAGAUGUUGCUGAGCUACUUGGCAUGAUGGUUGAAGACCACAAGCGUUUACAGCCUAAUGUGAAAACCUAUGCGCUGCUAGUGGAAUGUUUUACUAAGUACUGUGUGAUACGGGAAGCAAUACGGCAUUUUCGAGCUCUUAGACAGUUUGAAGGUGGAACAAAAGUUCUACAUUGUGACGGAGACUUUGGAGAUCCUCUUUCUUUGUAUCUACGUGCCUUAUGCGGAGAAGGAAGAAUUGUAGAUAUGCUAGAAGCUUUAGAAGCCAUGGCCAAAGAUAGCCAACCAAUACCACCUAGAGCCAUGAUCUUGAGCAGAAAAUACCGCACACUUGUAAGCUCAUGGAUUGAACCUUUGCAAGAGGAAGCUGAACUUGGAUACGAGAUUGAUUACGUUGCCAGGUAUAUUGCAGAGGGUGGGCUUACUGGUGAGCGCAAGCGAUGGGUUCCUCGGAGAGGAAAAACUCCUCUUGAUCCUGAUGCUGCAGGGUUUAUAUAUUCAAACCCUAUGGAAACCUCAUUCAAGCAAAGAUGUCUUGAUGAUUGGAAGUUGCACCACCGUAAGCUUUUGAAAACUUUAAGGAACGAGGGACUUGCAGCUUUAGGGGACGCUUCUGAAGCAGAUUAUAUUCGUGUAGAGGAGAGGUUAAAAAAAAUUGUAAAGGGUCCUGACCAGAAUGUUUUAAAGCCCAAAGCUGCUAGUAAGAUGAUAGUAUCUGAACUAAAGGAAGAACUAGAAGCACAAGGUCUGCCAAUUGAUGGUACUAGAAAUGUUCUUUACCAGCGUGUCCAAAAAGCAAGGAGAAUAAACCGCUCUCGUGGUCGGCCCCUUUGGGUUCCACCUGUAGAGGAGGAGGAAGAAGAGGUUGAUGAAGAGCUGGAUGAACUGAUCUCACGAAUAAAACUGCAUGAAGGGGAUACGGAAUUCUGGAAACGCCGUUUCCUUGGAGAAGGUCUGAAUGGUGAUCAUGGAAAGCCCAUGGACAUAGGAAAUUCAGAACCUAUGGAUAUGUUGAAUGAUGUUGAUUCUGUAAAAGAUGCUGCAAAAGAUGUUGAAGAUGAUGAGGCUGAUGAUGAUGAUGAUGAUGAUGAUGUUGAUGAUGAUGAUGAUGAUGAGGAGGAGGAGGAGGUGGAGGUGGCAGUGGAGGCAGAACAAACUGAGAGCCAAGAUGUAGAAAGGGUCAAGAACAAGGAAGUUGAAGCUAAGAAGCCUCUUCAAAUGAUUGGUAUCCAAUUAUUGAAAGAUUCUGACCAAACAACUAGCACAUCUAAAAAGUCAAGGAGAAGAAGCUCUCGAAAAUUUGUCGAGAAUGAUGAUGAUGAUGACUGGUUUCCGGAGGAUAUUUUCGAGGCAUUUAAGGAACUGAGGAAAAGGAAAGUAUUUGAUGUAGAUGACAUGUAUACGAUAGCUGAUGCUUGGAGCUGGACAUGGGAAAGAGAACUGAAGAACAGAUGUCCUCGUAGAUGGUCACAGGAAUGGGAAGUUGAGCUGGCAAUUAAAGUUAUGCUAAAGGUGAUAGAAUUGGGUGGAAUACCAACAAUUGGGGAUUGUGCCAUGAUAUUGCGUGCAGCUAUAAGGGCUCCUCUACCAUCAGCUUUCUUGAAGAUCUUGCAGACAACACAUUCUCUAGGUUAUGUGUUUGGGAGUCCACUAUAUGACGAAAUCAUCUCGCUGUGUCUGGAUCUUGGGGAGUUGGAUGCAGCCAUUGCAAUAGUUGCAGAUUUGGAGACUGCUGGAAUCACAGUCUCAGAUGAAACCUUGGACAGGGUUAUUGCUGCAAGACAGACAAAUGACGCUUCUACAAAGGACACGGAUGAUUCGUUGUCGUAGUUAAAUUUUCUAUUCCAGAAACACAGACGGGUUACAUUAAAAACUCGUCCACCAUAAGGCAUAAGGCAAACUUACAUGGCUGCAAAGUCUACAGAUAAUAUGAGCUGUUAUUUUGGCCUUAGGUACCAAGGAGAAGCAUUUUUGGUCGUUUUCUUUCUCAUACCUGAUUAUUGAGGUCAGUAUUGUAGGAAAGGUCUAUAAGAAUGUUAUUUAACAUAACCGUUGACCCGGUGUAUAUAUUUAUUUGUACUUACAAAUUUUGUUGAAAUUCUCAUUGUAUAACUUGGAUGAGCCACAUGUAUUAACCGUUGCUGCUGAUGCCAUGGGAAGGCUGGCUGUUAUGUAAUCCUCUGUUUUUUGAGGCUUUUUGUGCUAA